AUGGUUGGUAGGCCAUUACCUAAUCAUGAAGUUAGAGUGGUUGAUAAUGGGCAACAUUGGUUUGAUGAUAGUGAUUUUGAAGAUUUCCUUGUUGCUGCUAAUUCAGUGGAUAAUGAGUUAUUCCCUGAACCAGAAAAUGAAAUACAAGUUGUAGUUGAUGACAUAAUUGAUGAGGGGAUGGAAUUUCCAGACAAGACCGCUUUUAAGAAACAUCUCAGAAAAUACUGUGUAUCUACUAGGACAGAAUGCAGGUUUAGUAAGAGUGAUAAUAUUAGAAUCAAGGCUGUGUGUAAAGGAUUUGGAGAGCCCAUUCUAUGUCCGUGGUAUAUAUCUGCAAGGAGGAUCCCUGGUGAGGCGACUUGGAGCAUAAGAGAUUUCCACUUGCACCACACUUGUAUUGGGGAUCCUUAUGAGAGGAACUCAUGUGCAAAUCCAGAAUUUGUAGCUCAACAUGUGAUCAACAAGCUAAGGGAGUCACAUGGAAAGAAUGUACCUAAACCUUCUGAGAUUGAUGCCGAGUUUUGGACAAGCCACAACACCUUGAUCCCGUAUCACGUUGCAUGGAAGGCUAGAAACAAUGUGUUAGAGAGGAUAAACGGAAGCUUUGAUGAGAGUUUUAGACUCAUACCAAGUCUGUGUGAAAUGAUCAAAAGGACUAAUCCCGGAUCAAUUGCUACUUUCACUUACGGAAGAGACAAUCGCUUUGAAUCUGUGACCAUAUCUUUUGAUGCCACAAUGAGGGGUUUUAUAAAUGGUUGUAGAAAUGUGGUUGGGCUGGAUGGUUGUCACCUGAAGGGAAAGUAUGGUGGCUGUCUACUAUCUGCCACUGCUCUUGAUGGGCAGAAUGGAUUGGUUCUUUUGGGUAUCAUGGUUUGUAGAAACGAGUGUGCGGAGAACUGUUUCUUGUUCUUGAAUAAUCUCAAGCAUAGAUUGGUUGAUCAUCUCGUUGAGCCAAUCAACUUCAUAUCUGAUAGACAGAAUGGUUUGAGAGACGUUGUCCAAAAGUUGUUCCCUACUUCACCACAUAGGCACAUGUAUGAAAACUUCAAAAUGCACUACAAGGGAUCUAAACUACACACACUAUUCUGGAAUGCUGCUAGAGCUUAUAAGCCUAAACACUUUCAGGCACACAUGGAUAGUAUGAUGUCAAAGAAUGUUAGUGCUUGUCAGUAUUUGAUGGGCGAGGAUCCUAAAAGCUGGUGCAGGGCCUUUUUUGACCACAAGAGCGCUUGUGAACACUUGAGUAACAACUUUUCUGAAAGUUUCAAUAACAUGAUAACCAACAUUAGGGAGAAACCUUUCUGCAAGCUAGUUUUGAUGUAUGGACAGCUGGUGAUGGGGCUGUUUUACAAGAGAAGAAAUGCUUGUGUUGGAUGGGAUUCUGGGGAUUUGGUUCCUACUGCUAAAAAAUUAUUGAAGAAGAUGUUUAAGAAAACAGGGGAGUAUAAGGUAGAAGGAGCGGUUGCUGGCAAGCUUUAUGAAGUCACAAGCAUACAUAAUACAAUAUUCACUGUUGACCUUGAGAAACAUACUUGCAGCUGCAUGCAAUGGCAGCUGAGGGGUUUCCCUUGUCAACACGCAGUCUGUGCUCUGCAGCAAAUCAGGCCCAAUUGGGUUGAGUAUUGUGCCAGAUACUACUCAGUAGAUAACUACAGGACCACCUAUGCCCCUGAUAUGGUGCCAUUGGAAGGGUCUGAGGACUGGGAUGAGCCAAGAACAACUAUUAUUCCUCCAUUGCUCAUUAGGAAACCAGGCCGGCCUAGGAAGAACAGAAGGAAGGUCUAUAAUGAGACCCUAUCCGAGAAGAAAGUCAGGUGCUGCAGCAAAUGCAAGCUGCCUGGUCACAACAAGACAACUUGUCCUGGUGGUGCAAUUGGCUCUAAUACAAAGACAAAUAGGUCUACAUCUGAAGAGGGCGGACUGGCAUUUCAAUCCCAAUCAUCAUCACAAGAUGGAAGUGUUGGUGGUUCUAUGCCUGCAAAGAAGAAGCCAAGAAAAGCUACGACUCAGCAGUAG